AUGCAGAUGCCACAACAAGCAUCAAAUUCACGAGACAGCAGUUUCUUCUUUCUUCCCACUGUUGCCGCAACAACGGCAUCAAAUUCCUCCAUCCGAAUUUGCCCAUUUAAACGCCACCAAGUUGAAAGCGUGCUCGUAUCUAGUAGCACACCUCGUCGUCAAAGCACAACGUUUUUCACAAUUGAAGUGUUCACUACCGCUUCGACUAUCAGAUCGACUCGAUUUCAUGAUACGUGCUCGAAAUUCAAUCAUGACAGCGACAAAGAUACUCGCAAACCAGCCUACCAGGUCGACAGGACGCUUGCAGACUUUAAGAAUCUCCGUCGAGCACUCUGCCACUCGUCGCGCUUGGCACACAGGUAUGUUUCCUGCGAAUAUUGCAAGGAGAUAAUUCGUUACCUCAACAUGAGGGACAAACAAUUCGGAAGCAGCACGCUUCGUAUCUUGGCUGGGCGCGACAAAUUAAAACGCUCGCUGCAGGAGUUUAUGGAUGUCGUCUUGGGCAUUCUGAUACAUUCUGAAUGUAGUGAGGGUACGCCAUGGUGCUCCGGUCAAGUUCAAAGUCAUCAACUAAUGCGCCAAUUUCUUUUGCCUCGAGCGUCAGAUAGUUGA